CUCAAUGUGUGUGUGUGGAACAAACCCAGUGUAUAAAGCAAGUGAAAACAAGAAAAUGGCUUUGGCCAAAAAAAUUGGUGGAUUAUCGAAUCAAUUAUUAUUUAAGAAUAAAGUAUUUUUAUACAAUUCAAUAAGAUGCUAUUCUGACAAACCGUUACCAUGGAAUUACCUCUGGCAGCCAGAUAAGUAUUCAGAAAAAGAUCACGAUAAAAUUGCGAAAAAGUUUAAUAUGCAUCCAAAAGAAUAUAAACCUUUUUCGGAUAAGGAAGCAUGUGUUGGUGAUUAUCCAGAUAUAUCAAAGAUAGGACCAGCUGCUAAAGACCCAUACUAUCCAUAUGAUAUGCCAGUAUAUAGAAAAAACUAUCACGAAAUGCUACAUCCCGAUUUUGAAAUGAUGGGUGAAGAUCGUUUUAGUUUUGGCUAUAAGUAUAGAAUUGAUCUAGCCUUAGCAUCAGCAAUAUUUGUGGCAUUUGUAUGUACUCUUGGACUAAUUACCUACAUAACGGAUCCUUAUCCUUCAUUUAUACCUGUGAUGGAAAAGCAAUAUCCACAUAAAGGUGAAGCACAUUAUUCAUUUGAACCAACUAAAUAAAUUGUGUAUAUAAUGAAUAGCCUCUGAUAGAUACAAUAAACUUGUAUGCAAGAUACAAAACAGUGUCUGCAAUAUGUAAAUACAUAAUAUUUAUAACAA